AUUCGGCACAGUUCGCCCGAGCAAACCCCAGUUCGGUUGAAUCCGCCUAGAACGACGGACGCGCGUACCCCGGGACAAGAAUUAGAAAAAAACCUGUAAAAGUUUUUGGUUGCUGCCCGCGUCUUUGGCUGACGACCGGCUAACACCAGAGAGAUGUCGUCGUGCCGUGUAGCGGCGUGCGUCGCCGCGCUCCUAGCGGUGUGCUGCGCGCUGCCUCCUGCUGUCCUCACGCUGGACCUCAACCGGCUGUAUGGGCACCAUACCAAGCGAUCUGAGUACUGCCACCCGUACGAGCCGUUCAAAUGCCCGGUGGACGGGAACUGCAUCUCCAUCCAGUACCUCUGCGACGGAGCCCCAGACUGCAUCGAUGGGUACGACGAAGACUCCAAGCUUUGCACUGCAGCAAAACGGCCGCCAGUCGAAGAAACGGCUUCCUUCCUCCAGUCGCUGCUGGCUUCGCACGGCCCCAACUAUCUGGAGAAACUGUUCGGGAGCAAGGCGAGGGAUGCUUUAGAACCGCUAGGAGGCGUGGAGAAAGUCGCCAUUGCUCUGUCAGAAUCUCAAACCAUCGAGGACUUCGGCGCAGCCCUGCAUCUCAUGAGGUCAGACCUGGAACACCUACGCUCCGUCUUCAUGGCGGUUGAGAAUGGAGACCUCGGCAUGCUCAAAUCCCUCGGCAUCAAGGAUUCCGAGCUCGGUGACGUGAAAUUCUUUCUGGAGAAGCUGGUGAACACCGGUUUCCUUGACUGAAUAGCACCGGAGUCUGCCUCUGAUUAUUACUCUGUCGUCCAGUUUGGCCCCAUCAGCUCCUCCUUCUACAGCUAUCUUCCUUACGACUCCAUCAAAUAUCGGAGAAAGUAAACUUUCCUUUCCACCUUACCCCCUUGAGAGAUUGUUGAAUGCUUGAUGACCCCGAAGAGUCUGUGAGAAUCCUCCAGCACUAGCCAGCUCUCUACAACCGGCCACGUAGACCGUCUGGUUCUCUUGAUGAUUCUCACAGAAGAUACUGAUUUAGUAACCAUUAGAUAGUGACAAGUGUAUUAAUUUCGAAUUAAACCCUAGGAUAUAGGUAUAUUUUUGUAUUAAAAGUUGCUUUAUUAGAGUUGUUAAUUGGAUGUUUCAAGCUCAAGAUUCAUCAGGGUAUACUCGCGUCACCAUCAUUCGAGUGUUGAUUUGAUCAGAGCGCAAAAGACUGUAUUUAGAUUGUCUCCGCUGGGAGUGGACUAUGUGAAUGAAAUACCGUGAGCACUCGAUUGAUGACCCUGCCUGAAACUUGAGUGACCUGAGUGAGUGAGAUUACAUUUGAGUGUCGCCCCCCACCACUUACUUUAAACCUUUCAAACUGAAGUCAGAGGCGACUCCAUUGAAACCGAGUCCAUUCUAAGCGAGAUAUAAAGCUACAAGUCGGUUGAUUUCAUUCGAUUAAAAAUGUCCUUAGGUUAUAAAUUAUAAAAAUCGUUGAAAGAAUGCAUGCGCUUUAUAUCUGGCUUUUGGAAAAAUCCAGAAUAGGACCAUGGAUACAUAUCAUUUUAAAUUUAGAUCGUAGGAUAAAAUACAUAUCAUAGUUCGUAAUCAGUAGUGAAUAAAUACAAUUAUUUUAAUAUGAUCGGUAUUGUAGUGUUUUAUGAUACAUUUUAUAGGCCCGUUUCGUAGGUUUUCGUCAUUGAAAUAAAACCUAAAGCAUGUUUUAACGGUGCUGCACUUAAAAUCCGCAAACAUAUCAAAAAUUUGUGAUUAAUAUAUUAGAAUAGAGAAAUGUGUGUUAUUUACUUAUAUUAGAUUUAAAUGUAGUUGCAAAGUAAUGUAAUCGACGUAGGUAGUUGUAAAAAACCUAUUGCAUUUCUACUUUUUGUCUAUUACUAAAUUUUGUCAUCAGUUAUUGUUUAUGGAUUAAACAUAUCUUUAUCGAUGUUGUCUUGUAAUAAAACUUUUGUCAAAUGCGGGCUAAGAAGACAACGAAUUACUAUUAACGUGUUUAAAAUACGUCUAAAAUCACGUUAUAAUUGUUGAAUUUAUUGAACAUCGUAAGAUAAGAACAUUGUAUGGAGUAAGGAGGGACAUGACGGCUUCUCACAGGCUUUAAAA